AUGUUGGACUGCUACUACAGGGAGCGGAACAAGGGUCUGUACACCGCGGACCGGCUCAAUCCAAACAACGAAGACCAGCUCCGGGCCAUCACGACCCGAACGGAGCAGGACUACUACCCUUACUGGCACCCCACCGUGUGGCGAGAUAUUGCUGUCAUCACCGACACGCCGGACCAAUGCGACUUCUCCUGCGCUGCCUCGCAAAACGUCGAGGACUAUGGCCGCUGCUGGGACAAGACCACCUACGACUCGCAGGACGGGCGCUGCAGGCAGCUCAGGGGCAGGCCGAGAGACAACAACAACAGCCCUCGGGUGGAGGGCCCAAACAACCAAGUCGAGUGCGAGAAGGGCAUCACCGACAACGACGGCACGUUCAGGCCCGGCAAGUGGAUCGAGGGCGGGAGCUGGGACACCUGGCCGCCGGACUGCGAGAAGGCGCCCUUCAGCCGCGACAACCACCUCGGCAACGCCGCCGACAGGGACGUCUGGCACGAGAGCGGCGGCACCCGCCACGUCGGGGCCAACCGCUAUCGCUGGAAGCAGUGCGUCCCCAGCGGGCUAUGCGACGACAACAUCGACCCGAAUGGAAACAAUAAUGGGCAGUGCCUCAACAACAACCCCGUGGCGACCAACCAGAAUGAACGCAAUAACGCAAACUGUCUCAACAACUGCAAGGAUUUGAACGCCGCCACGGGCUACUUCGACGGUGGCCUGGUGCCGCUCAACCCCUGGCUCUCAUUGGAGACGACCACCUACAGCUACAUGUCGACACGGAACAACGACUUCAGCAACCGCAGUCAAAAGGGGUCGAUCGUCGUCCACCCGUGGAAACUCCCCGUCAUCCUCGGGGGCAUCGACCAUCGUCUUCUUCUUCCUAUCAAUUUUGUCCGCGGCCUGCUCAUCGCCGCCCGCUUUCUCACAGCCUACGCAUGCAAAGGGUACACUGCCUCUUGCGCUCUCGCGGCGGCUUGCGUGGCUCGCGUCAAGACUUGGGUCGCCUUCGGAUCUGAGUCGCACCAACGCUCCGUCAAAAGCUCCGUCUGUCAGUUUGAACGACAACUCGCUUGA